UCCCAUUCACCAUCAUCUCCCUCUGCUGUUGAACUCCAUUGUUUUUGUUGAUACCCCAAUUGUACUCCUAGCUCAAUUCAUUCAAGAUGGCGCCCAAGAUCGCAAUCGUCUACUACUCCAUGUACGGCCACAUCAAGCAGAUGGCCGAUGCUGAGUUGAAGGGCAUCAAGGAGGCUGGCGGUGACGCUACCCUCUUCCAGAUCCCCGAGACUCUCUCUGACGAAGUCCUCGGCAAGAUGCACGCUCCCCCCAAGCCCACCGACGUGCCCACCCUCAACGACCCCGCCGAGCUCGAGGCUUUCGAUGCUGUCCUCUUUGGCAUUCCCACUCGCUACGGAAACUUCCCUGCCCAAUUUAAAACUUUCUGGGACAAGACAGGUGGACAGUGGGCUCAGGGCUCUUACUGGGGCAAGUACGCUGGAUUGUUCAUCUCCACCGGUACUCAGGGCGGAGGUCAGGAGAGCACUGCCAUCGCUGCCAUGUCUACCCUGACUCACCACGGCUUCAUCUACGUUCCUCUCGGAUACAAGACCGCGUUCUCCCUCCUGUCCAACCUCGAGGAGAUCCACGGCGGCUCCCCCUGGGGCGCAGGCACCUUCUCCGGCGGCGACGGCUCCCGCCAGCCCUCCAAGCUCGAGCUCGACAUCGCGACCGCUCAGGGCAAGGCCUUCUACGAGGCUGUUGCUAAGGCGCACCCGUGACUAGAUGGCAGCGAUAAGGAGAAGAAGACGGUGGUGACAGAAACAACACAAAACACAAAUACAAACAAUGCUUCAACGACGACUGCGGCGCCUGCUGCUGCGUCGUCGGGACCGCAAGAGAAGAAGAAGGAUAGUGAGGGUCCUUGCGGUCUGCCUGCCAAGUGUGAUAUCAUGUAGAAUGUCCGCCUUGUUAUGAUAAUGAAACAAAUGUUAAAUGGUACCAAA